AAAUCAUUAUCUCCCCAAAAGGUGAAGGUGGUGACGGUUGCGCUCGCCGCCAUUGUUGAUCGUUGAAAUCUCCCCUGGGGGGAGAGCGCGUGAACCCUACGGGGAUCCUGGAUUAGUAACUUAGUUGUUGUUUAUUGAGAUUAAUAAUUAAUUCAAGUUAAUAAGCAACUUGCAUCUCUUCUCCUUCGUCUUCUUCUUCAAAGUCCAACGAAACACCUAAACCUUAUUAUUCGCGUGUCUAUUUUUAUUACUUUAUUUGUCGUUGAAACAAAACCUCCGUUCGUUCCGGUCUCUCUCUCACAUCGACGAUGGCCAGGCAACGGCGGCGGUCUCUGUGUCUUCUAAUCACAGUCUGGUUCCUUUCCGGUUCGGUACAUGUGGUUCGAGCUCAAAACAGAACCGGAGCCACUACUGAUCCAGACGAAGCUCGAGCUUUGAACUCCAUCUUUGCCGCUUGGAGGAUCCCUGCGCCCAGGGAAUGGAACAUCAGCGGCGAACUUUGCUCCGGCGCCGCCAUGGACGACAGCGUCACCAUCGACGACAAAGCAUACAACCCUCUUAUCAAAUGCGACUGCACUUUCAACAGCUCCAAAAUCUGCCGCAUCACCGCCCUCAAGGUUUAUGCGAUUGAAGUUGUAGGACCUAUCCCUCCCCAGCUCUGGACUUUGCACUACCUCACUAAUCUGAACUUGGGUCAAAAUGUUCUUACAGGCUCCCUCCCUCCUGCUAUUGGUAAUUUGACUCGUAUGCAAUAUAUGACUUUUGGGAUCAAUGCCUUGUCUGGCCCUGUUCCCAAGGAAAUUGGUUUGCUUAAAGAUCUAAGAUCACUUAGUAUUAGCUCAAAUAACUUUUCUGGUUCUAUACCACCUGAGAUUGGGUCUUGUACUAAACUACAGAAAAUGUAUAUAGGAAGCUCUGGACUCACAGGGGUAAUACCUCUGUCAUUUGCUAAUCUUGUUCAGCUCGAAGAUGCUUGGAUUACGGAUCUGCAAGUUACAGGUCCAAUACCGGAUUUUAUAGGAAACUGGACCAAACUUACUACCUUGAGAAUUUUCGGAACUGGUUUGAGUGGUCCUAUACCGUCAUCAUUUUCCAACUUAACUUCUUUGACCGAACUGAGGCUUGGUGAUAUAUCCAACGGCAGCUCUUCUCUUGAAAUCUUCAAAGACAUGAAAUCUCUAAGUACAUUAGUAUUUAGGAACAGCAAUCUCACUGGGACGAUACCCUCUUUUAUCGGAGAAUUUUCAAGUCUGCAACAAGUUGAUUUAAGCUUCAACAAACUAGGUGGACCAAUUCCAGCUUCACUUUUCAAUUUAAGUCGACUUACUCACUUGUUUCUUGGGAACAACACGUUGAAUGGUUCAUUGCCUUCUCAAAAGAGUCAGACUUUGAGAAAUAUAGAUGUGUCGUACAAUGAUUUGUCUGGAAGUCUUCCUUCAUGGGUCAACUUACCAAACUUGAAACUCAACCUCGUUGCUAACAAUUUCUCCUUGGAAGGUCUUGACAAGAGUGUUUUACCAGGACUGAGCUGCCUGCAGAAAGACUUCCCUUGCAAUCGAGGCAAAGCAUUAUAUUCUGAAUUUUCGAUCAACUGCGGAGGCCCACCAAUACGGUCUGUGAGCGGAGCAUUAUUUGAGAGGGAGGACGAGGAGCUGGGACCAGCUUCUUUUGUCGUGAGUGAUGUUCAGAGAUGGGCAGCCAGUAGCGUGGGACUUUUUGCCGGAAGUAGCAGUAAUGUAUACACAGCGACGUCACAAUCACAAUUUAUCAACACUUUGGACUCGGAGCUUUUUCAGUCAGCAAGACUUUCUGCAUCUUCCCUGAGGUAUUAUGGGUUGGGGCUAGAAAAUGGAGGCUAUACAGUAACACUUCAGUUUGCUGAAAUUCAAAUCCUUGGUUCUUCUUCAAACACUUGGAGAGGUUUAGGAAGACGACGUUUUGACAUUUAUGUCCAGGGAAGACUUGUUGAAACAGAUUUUGAUGUACGCAGAACAGCUGGUGACUCUACUGUUCGAGCCGUUCAGAGAGUAUAUAAAGCAAAUGUAACUGAGAAUCACCUCGAAAUUCAUCUUUUCUGGGCUGGAAAAGGAACAUGUUGUAUCCCCAUUCAAGGGGCGUAUGGGCCUUUAAUAUCGGCUGUCAGUGCAAAAUCAGAUUUUACACCAACUGUGGGCAAUCGGCCACCAUCAAAGGGAAAGAACAGGACCGGUACUAUUGUGGGUGUCAUUGUUGGCGUAGGACUCUUAAGUAUCUUAGCGGGUGUGGCUAUCUUCAUCAUCCGAAAAAGAAGAAAGCGGUACACAGAUGAUGAAGAGCUUCUUAGUAUGGACGUAAAGCCUUACACCUUUACUUACUCGGAACUGAAGAGUGCAACUCAAGAUUUCGAUCCCUCUAACAAGCUUGGAGAGGGAGGAUUUGGGCCCGUUUAUAAGGGAAAACUCAAUGAUGGAAGAGAUGUAGCAGCGAAGCUGUUGUCGGUGGGAUCCCGGCAAGGGAAGGGACAAUUUGUUGCAGAGAUUGUAGCGAUUUCCGCAGUUCAACAUCGCAACUUAGUAAAACUUUAUGGGUGCUGCUACGAAGGAGAUCAUCGUUUGCUCGUAUAUGAAUACCUUCCUAACGGAAGUCUUGAUCAGGCUCUAUUUGGGGAUAAGACCUUACAUCUUGAUUGGUCAACUCGUUAUGAGAUAUGUCUUGGAGUUGCCAGGGGUCUAGUCUAUCUCCACGAGGAGGCGAGGCUUCGCAUUGUACACAGGGAUGUGAAGGCCAGCAACAUUUUACUGGACUCUAAUCUGGUCCCAAAAGUUUCUGAUUUUGGGCUGGCAAAGCUGUACGAUGACAAGAAAACCCACAUAAGUACCCGAGUAGCAGGGACGAUUGGAUAUCUUGCGCCAGAGUAUGCCAUGCGCGGACAUCUAUCAGAGAAAACUGAUGUGUAUGCCUUUGGUGUUGUGGCUCUUGAGCUAGUGAGUGGAAGGCCAAACUCCGAUGAGAACUUGGAGGACGAGAAAAGAUAUCUUCUUGAAUGGGCAUGGAAUCUACACGAGAAAAGUCGUGAAGUGGAGCUUAUCGAUCGUGAGCUAACUGAAUUCAACAUGGAAGAAGUGAAGCGCAUGAUAGGCAUUGCUCUGCUGUGCACUCAGACAUCACAUGCCCUGAGACCACCAAUGUCAAGAGUGGUGGCCAUGCUUUCGGGAGACGUUGAGGUGAGUGAUGUCACCUCUAAGCCAGGCUACCUAACCGACUGGAGAUUUGACGACACCACGAGCUCUUCUCUUAGCGGAUUUCAAACCAAAGGGACUUGGGCUUCUGAUUCCUUGUCCACGAGCUUUGUGGCGCCUGGCUCCGAGAUAUCACCCGGAAGCGCCGACUCUAAACCGAUGCUUGGAGUGAAGAUCAACGAGGGAAAACCUCCGUCGACGAGGAUGCCCACGUGCCUGCACCUCAGUGUCUGGUUCAUCUUGUGUAUAUUCGGUUCGAUUCACCUGGUUCGAUCUCAAAACCGAACCGGAGCCACUACUGAUCCCGACGAAGCGCGAGCUUUGAACUCCAUCUUUGCCGCUUGGAGGAUCCCUGCGCCCAGGGAAUGGAACAUCAGCGGCGAACUUUGCUCCGGCGCCGCCAUGGACGACGGCGUCACCAUCGACGACAAAGCAUACAACCCUCUUAUCAAAUGCGACUGCACGUUCAACGGCUCAACAAUCUGCCGCAUCACCGCCCUCAAGGUUUAUGCGAUGGAUGCUAUAGGACCUAUACCUCCACAGCUCUGGACUUUGACACUCCUUACAAAUCUGAACCUGGCUCAAAAUUAUCUUACGGGCUCCCUUUCCCCUGCAAUUGGAAAUCUGACUCGAAUGGAAUGGCUGACUUUUGGGAUCAAUGCCUUGUCUGGCCCCGUUCCCAAGGAAAUUGGUCUGCUUACAGAAUUGAAAUUGCUUGGUAUUAGUUCAAAUAAAUUUUCUGGCUCUAUACCAGCUGAGAUUGGGAAUUGCACAAAACUACAGCAAAUAUACAUGGAUAGUUCUGAUUUCACCGGGGCCAUACCUUCAUCAUUUGCUAAUCUUGUGGAGCUGCAAACCGCUUGGAUGAUGGAUCUGGGAGUUACAGGUCGUAUACCUGACUUUAUAGGAAGAUGGACCAAACUUACUGCCUUGAGAAUUGUCGGAACUGAUUUAAGUGGUCCCAUACCGUCGUCAUUUUCCAACUUAACUUCUUUAACAGAACUGAGGCUUGGUGAUAUAUCCAACGGAAGCUCUUCUCUUGAGUUCAUCAAAGACAUGACAUCUCUAAGUGUACUAGUAUUGAGGAACAGCAAUCUCACUGGGACAAUACCCUCUUAUAUUGGACAAUUCUCAAGUCUCAAACAAGUUGAUUUAAGCUUCAACAAACUACAUGGACCAAUUCCGGCUUCAUUGUUCAAUUUAAGUCAACUUACUCACUUGUUUCUGGGGAAUAAUACGUUGAAUGGUUCCUUGCCCACUCAAAAGAGCCAGACUUUGAGCAAUAUAGAUGUUUCGUACAAUGAUUUGUCUGGAAUUCCUCCUUCGUGGGUCAACUUACCGAACUUGCAACUCAACCUUGUUGCCAACAACUUCACCUUAGAAAGUCUUGACAACAGGGAUUUACCAGGACUGAACUGCCUGCAGAAAAACUUCCCUUGCAAUCGAGGCAAAGCAUUAUAUUCUGACUUUGCUAUCAACUGCGGAGGCCAACAAAUACGGUCAGCUAGCGGAGCAGUAUUUGAAAGGGAGGACGGGGCUCUUGGACCAGCUUCAUUCGUCGUGAGUGAUGAACAGAGAUGGGGAGCCAGUAGUGUAGGACUUUUUGGCGGUAGUAGUAAUAUAUACAUAGUGACUUUACUAUCACAAUUUAUCAACACUUUGGACUCGGAGCUUUUUCAAUCAGCAAGACUUUCCGCAUCUUCCCUAAGGUAUUAUGGGUUGGGGCUAGAAAAUGGAGGCUAUACAGUAACACUUCAGUUUGCUGAAAUACAAAUUAUUGGUUCUUCUUCAAACACUUGGAGAGGUUUAGGUAGAAGACGUUUUGACAUUUAUGUUCAGGGAAGACUUGUUGAAAGGGAUUUUGAUAUACGCAGAACAGCUAACGACUCUACCGUCCGAGCAGUUGUGAAAGAAUAUAAAGUUAAUGUAUCAGAAAAUUACAUCGAAAUUCAUCUUUUCUGGGCUGGAAAAGGAACAUGUUGUAUUCCCAUUCAAGGUGCUUAUGGGCCAUUAAUAUCUGCCGUCAGUGCAAAACCAGAUUUUAUACCAACUGUGGCUAACAAGCCACCAUCAAAGGGAAAUAACAGGACUGGAACCAUUGUGGGUGUCAUUGUUGGCCUGGGACUUUUGAGCAUCAUUGCGGGAGUGGUUAUCUUAAUCAUCCGAAAAAGAAGAAAGCGAUACACAGAUGAUGAAGAGAUACUGAACAUGGACGUGAAGCCUUACACUUUUUCUUACUCUGAACUUAAAACUGCAACUCAAGAUUUCAAUCCCUCAAACAAGCUUGGAGAAGGAGGAUUUGGGCCUGUUUAUAAGGGAAACCUGAAUGAUGGACGAGAGGUGGCGGUAAAACAGUUGUCGGUUGGAUCCAGACAAGGAAAGGGACACUUUGUUGCAGAAAUAGUAGCAAUUUCUACAGUUAUGCACCGCAACCUAGUAAAACUUUAUGGAUGUUGCUAUGAAGGAGAUCAUCGUUUGCUCGUCUAUGAGUAUCUCCCCAAUGGAAGUCUUGAUCAGGCACUAUUUGGAGGUGAUAUUAAAAAGACUUUACAUCUUGAUUGGCCAACCCGUUUUGAGAUAUGCAUGGGAGUGGCUAGGGGUCUAGCCUACCUCCACGAGGAGGGGAGUGUUCGAAUAGUACACAGGGAUGUGAAGGCCAGUAACAUUUUGCUUGACUCUAAUCUGGUCCCUAAAGUCUCUGAUUUUGGUCUGGCAAAGCUAUACGAUGACAAGAAAACCCACAUAAGUACCAAAGUGGCUGGGACCGUUGGAUAUCUUGCGCCCGAGUAUGCCAUGCGUGGACACCUAACAGAGAAAACGGAUGUGUACGCCUUUGGUAUUGUGGUACUUGAGCUAGUGAGUGGAAGGGGAAACGCAGAUGAGAGCCUUGAGGGUGAAAAAAGAUAUCUUCUCGAAUGGGCGUGGAAUCUACACGAGAAAAGUCAUGAAGUGGAGCUUAUUGAUCGUGAGCUAACUGAAUUCAACGUGGAAGAAGUGAAACGCAUGAUAGGCAUUGCUCUGCUGUGCACUCAAGCAUCUCAUGCUGUUAGACCACCAAUGUCACGAGUGGUGGCCAUGCUUUCAGGAGACGUUGAGGUGAGUGAGGUGACCUCUAAGCCAAUCUACCUACCCGACUGGAGAUUUGAUGACACCACAAGGUCCUCUUUCAGCGCCUUUCAAACCAAAGACACGGGCGCUUCUGGAUCCUACUCCACCAGCUUUGUGACGCCCGCAGAGAACGACUUUAAGCCUAUGCUUGGAGUCAAAAUCAAUGACGGGAGAUGAAACUGUCUCAUAUCCUCUUUGAUGAUGGCUAUGGAUAUGUUAAAGUGUAUAUGAAGGAGGAUUUAUCACAAUGUUCUUCUUUGGUUGGAUAAACGUACUUUUCCCUUCAUGUUAUGAAAAAAAGAAGAGAAACAUAUUUCAUUUCAUCAUCUUCUGGGAUAUAUUUGCUACAAAUGUAUCCUUUUGUCUAUUGUAAUAUAAUUUUACUUAAACCAUUAUAAACUCUUACCACUUA